AUGAAGAGCGGCGCUGAAGCAGACAUUGCACGCCAAGUAGACGUGUUAGUGGCCGCCCAGGUGGCAGAGCUGUUGAAAGUGCACAUGCCCGAGGAGCUGCAAGUCGAGGUUGCGCGGCAAGAGGAAUGGUUGGAGGAGGUCCAGAGGGAUCUCCGCACUGUGUGCGUUUUCAUGGCUGACAGACAUCAUUUUUUAUCCUGCUUUAAUGCAGCGAGAACCGGCGGGGCAAAUGCGAUGCUUCGCGAUGGCGAGUCAGCACCGCUGCAGCCGAUCUACAAGAUGGACGGAACGGUCGCAGACAAGUUUCCAUCGACGCUGAAAGAGCUGUUUGAAAUGGACGUAUCGACCUCGCAGGAGCUUAUGAGGGAAUACGAGCUGUCCGAGUGCUCAGCGUCACGCGAACGAAACCUCAACCGACUGAUGCAGUUCUUCAAUGUCAAAUAUCAAUUGGCUGGCGCUGUAGGUUCGUGA